UUCUUUGUUUCAAUCAUGGUACUCUUACACCUAUAUAAAAACAUAGGAUUGGAUUGUUUUGAUUUUAACAGGAAUUGUUUGUUCCAUCUGUCUGUUUUUGAGAAAAUGGAGAAUAUUGUUCUUUUUCAGAAAAUCUUGCUUGUUCUGUUCACUAUUGCCUUCUUUUGGAAGCUUAUAAAAUACAUGUGGAGUUUCUUGAGCAUGGAGAAGGAGCCUCUGACUGUAUUGGUUACUGGUGCUGCAGGGCAAAUAGGCUAUGCUAUUGUUCCAAUGAUUGCUAGGGGGGCCAUGCUUGGCCCUGAUCAGCCUGUAAUUCUGCACAUGCUUGAUAUUGAACCUGCAGCUGAGUCCUUGAAUGGGGUGAAAAUGGAAUUGAUUGAUGCUGCCUUUCCUCUUCUCAGAGGUGUUGUUGCUACAACAGAUGUCCAGGAAGCUUGUACGGGUGUCAAUAUUGCUGUUAUGGUUGGUGGAUUCCCACGGAAGGAAGGUAUGGAAAGAAAGGAUGUGAUGUCAAAAAAUGUAUCGAUUUACAAGGCUCAAGCUUCAGCAUUAGAAAAGAAUGCUGCUGCAGAUGUCAAGGUGCUGGUGGUUGCCAACCCAGCAAACACUAAUGCGCUUAUCUUGAAAGAAUUCGCACUUUCAAUCCCACAGAAAAACAUCACAUGCCUUACAAGACUGGAUCACAACAGGACAUUAGGACAAAUCUCUGAGAAGCUAAAUGUUCACGUCGGUGAUGUGAAGAAUGUUGUCAUCUGGGGCAAUCACUCUUCAACUCAGUAUCCUGAUGUCAACCAUGCAACUGUCACCACCAGCAGUGGAGAGAAACCUGUCAGAGAACUUGUGGCUAAUGGUCAAUGGUUGAAUAAAGAGUUCAUCACCACGGUGCAGCAGCGUGGUGCAGCCAUUAUUAAGGCCAGGAAGCUAUCAAGUGCACUGUCUGCUGCAAGUUCUGCUUGUGAUCAUAUACGUGAUUGGGUCCUCGGGACUCCUAAGGGUUCAUGGGUUUCCAUGGGUGUGUAUUCCGAUGGCUCUUAUGGAAUCCAGCCAGGCCUCGUAUACUCUUUCCCAGUUACAUGUGAAAAAGGACAAUGGUCAAUUGUGCAGGGGCUCAAGAUUGAUAAGUUUUCGAGGGGGAAGCUGGAUGCAACUGCACAAGAGCUCAUUGAGGAGAAAUCCUUGGCCUAUUCAUGUCUCAAUUGACCAUGAAGCUUUUCUUUUCUCAUUGAAUAAUGAUAGAGGGACUCAAUGAUCCAUCAAAUAAAGGAAGAACACAUUGGUUUUCCUUGUAGUUGUAGACAAUUUAUGUGGUUUGUUAUGCAAUGUUAAUGUUCCUGGGUUUAAAUUAGAUUGAAUUAAAUGUAUCGUAGUCAUCCGUAUAUGAUUUAA